AUGGUUCGAACUAACGAACCAGCCCGCGGCGGCUACUACCACCGCCUGCCACAUUGCGGCUGCUGGACCCCCAUCAGAAGACACGAUGGCGUUGCUCAAAAGCAGUAUCUCCCCUUGACCGAUCUUAGAUCUCACACAACAAUCCUGGCUUCCUCAACUCGCACGACGCUGAACCAGACUUUCACCAAUAGCAAGCAGGAGAAGCUAGAAGAAGUCCGCUACACAUUCCCAUUAUUCGACGGCGUGUCGAUUGUUGACUUCAAGUGUGUUUUGGACAACAAGACUUUGGUGGGCGUGGUUAAGGAGAAACUCCAGGCUCGGACCGACUACAACAAAGCUGUCGCACGUGGAGAGACUGCUGGUCUGCUCGAACAGCUGCCUGAUGCGUCCGACGUCUUCACCACCAAGAUCGGCAACGUCCCACCACAGGCUAGUGUUCGUGUUGAGAUUACCUACCUUGGUGAGCUCAGUCAUGACGCUGAAUUCGACGCCACACGAUUCACUAUCCCUACAGCGAUCGCACCUCGAUAUGGUAGCACAACUUUCGACAGCGCCCAAACCUUGGCAGGUUCACAGACACCCACGAAAGGCUCUAUCACGAUUUCCGUCGACGUUCUGCUCGACGAAUCUACCGCAGUUCGAGAAAUCCGGUCACCGAGUCACAACCUCGCUGUAACCUUAGGGCGAACCUCAACCAUGGACGAGAAGGUAUUCCAGAACAAUUGUGCUUCAGCGAGCCUGGCUCUCGAUUCAGCGGAGCUUGGGAAGGACUUCAUCUUUGUGCUCUCUUCUCAGGAGCAGGGUAUACCCCGAGCAAUGUUCGCAACUCAUCCUACUCUCCCAGGACGUACCGCGAUCAUGGCCACACUGGUGCCAAAGUUCAACGUACCUAACAUUGUGCCAGAGAUCGUCUUCGUGGUCGACCGAAGCGGCAGCAUGCAAGGCAAAAUCAAAACAUUGGUUUCAGCUAUGAAAAUCUUCCUCAAGUCCCUUCCUGUGAAUGGCAUCAAGUUCAACAUCUGCUCUUUCGGCAGCAACUUUGACUUUCUGUUUCCAAGAAGCCAGACUUAUGAUCAAGUCUCCCUUGAGCAAGCUCUCGCCUGUCUCGACGUCUUCGAUGCAAGCUAUGGAGGCACGGAAAUGCUCGCGCCGAUCAAAGCAACCUGUGAGAGACGAUACACGGAUCUGCCACUAGAAGUCAUGCUGCUCACGGAUGGACAAAUCUGGAAUCAGCAAGAGUUGUUCGACUAUAUCGGCUCGCAGCGCAACACACGAUUCUUCUCCCUCGGAAUCGGCGCAGGCGCUUCAUCCGCGCUCGUCGAAGGUAUCGCUCGCUCUGGAGGUGGUUUUGCACAAUUCGUCACCGACCAAGAGAAAAUGGACAAGAAGAUUGUUAGGAUGCUAAAGGGCGCUCUGACACCUCACGUUGAUGAUUACAAAAUCGAUAUCGUCUAUGAAGACGACACGAAGGAGGACGAAGAAUUCGAAGUAGUCAACAAGUCCACGUCUUCAGAGGCCAACACUCUGGUCACCAAUUUCCAGAAGCUACACACCGCGAAGAUCUCUCUGUUCGACGAGAAGGCUAAGGAAGAACCGACAAACCCAGCAGCAGGGCGGUUCGAUGCUCUUCCCACCAUCUCAAUCCCGGCUGUCAUCCAGACCCCUUACAAGCUACCCGCUCUGUAUCCAUUCAACCGCACGACUGUCUACAUACUCACCAAUAAUGAUACCUCAAAGAAACCUGCAUCAUUGAAGUUGAGUGGUACUUGCGAUGCUGGUCCACUCGAGCUCAGCAUCCCGGUACAAGACAUCGGCGAUUCUCUCACGGUCCACCAACUUGCUGCCAAGAAAGCCAGUCAAGAGCUCGAACAAGGCCGUGGAUGGUUGACUUCGACCAAGGACGCGGCUGGCAACUCCUUGAAGUCGUCACACGAAGGUCAGUGGGACUUGAUCGUGGAGCGUGAAUGCGUUCGGAUCGGUACCGAAUAUGGAAUUGCGGGCAACUUCACCUCUUUCGUGGCUGUCGAGAAGCGCGAUGCCGGCAAUGGUCUCUCAGAGGGCGAUAUCGUGCAAGGGCUGGCGACCACAGACAACUCGGAGGAGCCUGCCUCCAAACCGGCUCCUGGCGGCUUAUUUGCUGGUGCCGCCUUUGGGGCGUCCUCUGGCUCUUUGUUUGGGGCUAGGUCCUCAACUCCAUUCUCUGCGCCCGCUCCGUGCCAAACUCGGCUGUUCAGCGCGGGCUCUGGCUCUUUGUUCGGUGCGCCGGCCGCAUCAUCAUUUGCAGCGCCUGCUCCGAGUCAGCCUCAGCUUUUCGGUCGAGCUGCGGGACCCACAACAGGCGGCAGCUUGUUCGGAUCGAGUCAGCCUAGCUCGCCGUUCAGUGUCAACAGUAAGAGUGCGGGACUUUUUGGAAGUACCGGCGUGGUUCCCCAGACUGCGAGCGUUGACAUGAUCUCCAACCCCAAUGAUGAUGUGUCGACGAAGACAGGCAAACGCAAGGCACGCGCAGGUCACAACAGUAGCAGAGGUCUGGUCGCGAGCGCCAGCAACCAAGAUGACCGUGUCGUUGAGCUAGCUAGAAGCAGCGUCCCGACCAGUAGUCGCGACAGAGACUCCCCCAUUAGAAAGCAGCUAGCAAGCCAGCCCUCAACAAAGCCAACCUCGUUGAACGACGAGCAGAAGCUGGAGCAGGUCAUACUUCUACAGAAAUUCGAUGGAAGCUGGUCUGCUGACGAUGAGCACCUCUGGAAGCUACUGGGAGUCGAGAGGGCGACAGUGGCUGAGACGGCGUUCAACUCCUUUGAUCAGGUCGAUCCGCACUCAGUCGCUACAAUCGCUGCUCUGGCUUGGUUUCAGGCGAAGAUGCUGCGGGAGAAGGAGGUCUGGGAGAUGGUUUUCGACAAGGGCAAAGCGUGGCUGGAGUCGCAUCAGCUCUUCCUGGAGGGCAGCGCUGGGGACAUGACCGAUCUGGUUAAGGCUCUUUUUGAAUAG